GAGAAGAUCAACAGCGAACAGCUGCACCUCAGUAUCGAAGUGUACGAGAAGCGGUACCAGGCGCACGACUUUGCCGGCCAGAUACUGGCCGAGUUCGCCUCGAACGCGACCAAGCGUCACGGUUGGUUCCCCGGUCGGCGAUCGUCGCAGAUUGUAACGCUCUUGUUUCUUUAAGUCCCGCGUUCGCGCCAAUCUACUCGAACCAGUAUUCGUCGCACCACGGGGCGACGCCGGCGGACAGGUUGUGGACAAUCACAGCAGUAGUCGGAAGGAGAAGCGGCAGUACAAGAAGCCAAGGCACGAAAUCCAAAAGGAUCGCGGCGGGACGUCUACCAGCGGUUCAGCGAUGGUCGGCGCCGGAAGUUCAUGGGCCGGGACGGAUCGGUGCUGCCCGGCGCCUGUGAUCCCAGUGCGAUAGCCGCCAGCGCUGGCCUUCAUGGAAGUGGCACUACCGGCGAUCCAGCGCUGUCCUCGGAAAAGGAGGAACUUGCCAACCUGCAGGGUCAACCGCCCCGGAGGAAGAGUACGCGUACACUGUCCAGCCGAGAAAGUUUAGUGUCUGGAAUUAGCCCUGGGUGUCGAAUGAGGAGAACGGUGGCCAACUGCCCGGACAUUACGCGCAACAUUGCAUUUAUAUUACAUACUGAGAUGCCGACCACGACAACCGAGUCCGGUGUACUACGACCUUUUCGCUCUAACGGGUUGGGCGUACGCGUCUCCGAUACGCGAUAA